AUGGUAAAUGAAAUAAGAUCAACUACAGAUUAUUAGGCACGUCGUAUUCUUAAUAAAACACUACCACUUCAACAUUUCAAGAUCACAAGGCCGGAGCAAAUUGCUAAGCCAUUGCUGAAAUAUUAACAUACGUUUAAUAAUUCAGUGAUUUGUAGCUCAGUUCCGUGGCAAGGAAAGUUAAUAAAGGAUUAUAAACAAAAAGGCAAACGCUUCAGUAAGGCGACAGGUGGAGCAAAUAGUUUAGUCAUACUUCGGCUGAGAAACAGGAGCCGUUUAUAAGUAGAAUCGUUGCGUAAAGUAGAGGCAGAAGAAUCAAAUGUCCAGGUACUUCUCUGAGCUUAUAACCACUAAAUUCUUAUUUGACAAACUAUUUUUAUUUUUCUGUUUUAUUUUUAAGCUUCUUAUAUAUCGAAUUGAAUUUAUUUACACUCGUACACUUAUAUCCUCAGAGUAUAAUUUAACAACAUUUACUUGACAGACUUUGAGGUAAAGAGGAAAAUCGAUACAUUUAUUCCUCUACAAUUGUUUUUUUGUUUUCCUGUUUAAAUAAGUCACAAUAUCCACCACUGUCCUCUUUACAUGGAAAACAAUUUUAUUAAAAUAUUGAAUUGUUUGCAUAUUUCAGUACUCACAAGGAAAAGCGAAUGGCCCUUGGCACCACAAUGCAUUUGCACUUUUUGUUGCUUGGGCAGUCUCUACUGCGUUGGGAAUUUAUCAGUGUAAACCUUUGCUAAUUUAUAAUUUCAAACCGAGGCUUAGUUGCGAAAUUUGCUCUUGAGACGUGAACAAGUGUAACCUGCAGUGUGUUAGCUUUAUUGAUAGUUGGGAUGGAAAAAGCUCAUAUGUCAUAUGCUUUAUUCCUUUCUCAAUUAUGUUCUUCCUAAAACUUGUGAUAAACUAACAGCGGCAUAGAAUGGAAGAAUUUUUUUCGUGUGCAGUAAUUUUUAUGCAAAUUUUCUGUCAUAGUAUCAGAACUGGCCUGACUGCACGCAAGCCCAGAACAGACUCGAAGUUUUUUGGGAGAGGUAAGUACAUCAAUGGGCAAAAAAACGCGUAUACGUAUUUUGUUAUGUUUGUGUACAAUAAGGUAAAAACAGAACAAACGGAGAUGAAUUAAUUACUAUAAUAUGUUUUUCACAUGCUAUUACUUAGAAUUAAGAUAAUACACAAAUUUGGCCGAGCAAUACUUCCAAUGGAAGUUAAGAUUGCAAACACGACUGUAAAAGGGAAUUCUUGUACUUUUGAUUUUCUCUCGCCGUUUAAAAUUUAACCCCGUCAACUCACUCUUCUUCAUACUAGCACAAAGUUUUGCCCCACACAAGAGGUGAUAGACCUAUCUCGUGCAGGAUAAUUAUCUUGUAAAGUAGUGCUUAAAAUUUACUAAAAAUGACACCCCUCCUUGAGAACCAGUCUCAACAACAGCUCUGAAAAUAAGAAAUACGAGGGAUGCAUUUCUUUAUUAUUGCACACAAAUAUUAGCUACAACAAAAAAUCAGUCUCGAUCCCUCUGCUAGAAAACUAUUACCACUGUCUAGCUCUUUUAAGACAUCUUUCCCAACAGUUCCUAUUAUAAUGUAUUCACAAUUUUAAUCUAUCUACUGAUAUCUGUCCUGCGGAGGCCAAACAGGAAUUAAUCAGUUGGAACAUUACUCCAAGGUAACCACAACCUUUUUCCCUUUCCUUGCGCAAAAACGAUCAGCGCAAAAGACUGAGUUUUCUAGAUACUGAUGAUGGUACAACUCUAAGUUUGCCCGGAAAGUAAGCAAAAUAAUAAUUUAUUUAAAACGUUUUACUGGUUUAAUGUCAAAAUCUUAAGACAAAAAUAUAUUUAAUUUUUUUUCGAAGGAGGGCAUCUUGAGACACCUACUGAUUGGCCGGCGAUCUCUUAAAAUCUUUGAAGUCGUAAAUUUAGUAGCAGAAUCUUAGUCAUGUCUGGCUAUUAUUUAUGAAGGUCUACCGUCUUGAUCUAUUAGUUUUGAAAGAAAUGGAAAUCAAGCAUCAGAAUGUUCAGGAAAAAUUCCGAGCUCCAGAUGAGAUUCGAACGUACGUUAAAUUGGACGGAAGCACCCAAUAACAAAGCCGGUUUUCUGAAAUCCAUUACGCUGGCCAGCCUAGCCUGACUUUUUGGGGGGUCUAAAUUAUCGUUUCUGACAUUCAUUUGGCCCUCUGACCAACUCUUUAUGCAUUGUAACACUUUGGCGAAUGAAAUAUGCGUAAAAUUGAUUCCAUCAUUGGCUAGUAUUAAGUUUAAAUGUGGGUGUGGAAACUUUUGGCUAUAAAUGUCUUCAAACUUUUGGUCUUAAAUCUUUUUAUUCCGUUUUUCAUAGAUAUUCUUACAGCUACAGGAUUAUGUUGCUUCAAGUAGCUUUGUUCAUUACACAUUGUAAGUAUCUUAUUGUUGUUGUUGUUGUUUUCGUUGUUAAGUAAAGCAUUAUGAAACGACGCGGCUCUCAAAUGAAACUGCGCUUCAGGCGUUUUGGGCAAGCGAGGUAACACGUAAAUGAAGUCCUUCCUCUUUCCUCACGGGCGGAUUCUUCUCGUGUUAGCGCGCCCAGUUUUACCAUUUUCAACAGAUCAUACAGCGGCCCCCCGUCUUUCUCUUGCCUUUUCGCUUCAAAAGCAUCCACCAAAUAAGAGCGGCAUCCUUUCUGCUUCACUGUAACUCUAAUUGAUUAAGAACAUAUUUAAAGAUGAAAUGAGAACACGGCAGAUAUCGUUAUUUUCUUUUAUUGACUGACCUUUUUUGCAUUGUAAUUGUUUUCUAAAGAAUCAAAGAAAAAGGAAGUUACUACAGUAGUAAUCAGCUAUUCCCAAAUAGUACAGUUUUAGAUAAGCACCGCAAUAACAAAUUGAAAACUUCAAUGCUCUUGAAAGCAAAUUUAAGAAUAACCAUCAUUUUGUUCUGUUUCAGUUGCUGUUUCCAGAGCAGAAAGUAAGUUGAACAAAAUGUAACGUUUUUUUACUUUCUAGUUAGCAUAUCCUGUACACUAAGCAAUUCACUUCUUAAAGGCGUAACAAACACAAGUUGCGUAACAAACGUUGCGUGGACCUCUGCAUUCAAACAGUUUUUCCUAAACACAAGUGGUUACUGAGUAAUUAUAAAAAUAAGAUGAAUACUAAAGUAUGACGACUAUUUGAUUCAUUAUAAUUUGGGCGAUAAUCAACAGUUUGGGCGAGCAUCGUGGGCAAUUCUCAGAAUCUGAAAAAUUAUUUGUGUGAGGUCCAUAAAGGGGCCAACGAGAACUGGGACUGGCCUGCGGGUUUUUGCCCUGGGAAAAUGGGAUUUCAGACACUAAGCCUAGGGCAGGGGAGCUGAGGGAAGCCACAAUUGUACUAUAGAUAUAUCAAGACGAGGUUUAACUAAUUCCCAAAGUCAAUGAUUCGUCAGCAAAACAUUAAGAAAAUCAUUGAAGGGUUUGUACAUUAAGUGACAGAAACUUUCAUUUCUUUUAAAAUUGUCACUUUUCACAAGAAGGACUUGUCACUUCUCGGGUAUCAUGGAUUUUCUUUCAGGUUACACUUAGAAAGAAAUAUUUACAUUGUUUCGAUCUCUGACAAGAAAAUAGGAUGGACAGGCCGUUCACUUUGCCGGCUAUAAAAUCCUCUUAAAAGCAGUGAAGCAUGUCAGAGCAAACUUUAUUCACCACAAACAAACUGCGAAAUCGUCACACGAACAGAAGAAGAUACCUCUCCUCUCCUUUCCACCUACCCAAUUUUCUUGCGAAUUCCAAAAAAAAAAAUCACAAGAAUUCUGAAAACUGGGAUUUGCUGCUCUGUUUACUUUUUUUAUUAGAAAGCAAACUUUGAAGCAAAUGGGGUCACCACCUUAUCAUGGUGGGACAGUUUGCGUGUCUCAAUGAUCCAUAGAGCUACGUCGGCUGAAGUCUUGCACUCCUGGACUAAGGGUAGAGACCAGCCAAAGAGUGACCCCCUGGUCCUCCAGGUUGGGCAAACGACCCUACCACACAAAAACACUAACUGUUACAGAAACAAGAAGCGUUGCAAUCUCGUUCCCAGAGGCCGCGAUCCUUUUGGUCGGCGACGGGGAUCGGGAUUUUUCCGGCGCAUGACAAAAGGGACCCCUGGGGACGAGGCUGGAAGCGUUGAUAAUGAGACAACACUCACUGAGAGUGUUGGUCAGACAGCGUGGAGGCUUUUUGCGCCUACUGGCGCGAUGAGACGUGAUGAUGAUGGUGAUAAAACUUUGAAGCAAAGGACACACCUACACCAUCCCAACGCUUGCAUGGCCAGUACCUCACGCAUGCGCCCAGCCAUAUCACCCAGGCAGUGGCAGCCAUGGACAGCUGUUUCACUUUUAUCAGGCCUUAUCAGCUUAUCAGACCCCUGUACGGUCAUCUAAGCUGUGUUCAGAGGCCCUUUACUACCGAGCCGAGUGCAAAGCACUUCUUUAAACGCCAGCUCCGCCGUCACAUAUAGAAGCUGUUGGCUGGAAACCAAACGACAUCUCUCCCACGAUAUGUGUUGGGAAAGCUGAUCAGUAUUUCUGUCGAUCUGUGUAAGCAACUUCAUUCCCAGACCUUUUUCCUUGUAAACUGGGAUAAACCGGAACAAACCUGGGGAUGAGGUUGGGUUUAUAAGAAUAUAUAUAAAAAUAUAAAUGAUUUGUGUAGAAGAAGAAGACAUAGACAUUUAAAGUUUUAUUAACGAAACUGUAAGGCAUGUUCUUUUGCAUAUGCAUGGUAUCUCUCAAAACUUCAAAACAAAUCCACACUCUCCAUCUUUUAAAAACCCGAACUAAAAUUGGCAAAUGAUACCAACAUUGUAUUGCAGAUAGAAGCUGCGAGCAAGAUUGGUCAUAUUAUCAUAGGAGCUGUUAUUUCCGUGAUGUGGACAGUAAAACAUUUACUGAUGCCCAGGCCAACUGUGAAUCGAAACAAGCCAAUCUUGUAACUGUCAAUGAUAUUCAUGAGCAGGAAUUUCUGAAGACUUUCAUGGGAAACGCUGGGGGUUGGAAUGGUCUCAACAGUCAAAACAGCACAAACAACACAUUUGAGUGGGUCAGUGGAGAGAAGGUUAACUUUACUUACUGGAAAAAAGGUCAUCCAAACACAAAAAAACACUGUGUUCAUAUGUAUAAAGACAAAAACUUCAAGUGGCAUUCGAGGGUAUGUUCAACUAAACACAAGUCGGUUUGCGAAAAAGGUUUGUUGCGCCUUGUUAUAGGGCAAUCAAAGAAUCUGCAUCUCCUACGAGAUGCAGAUGUUUCUUAUUCUCGAGAAAAACUCACUGACAUUGACGAAACAGAAAUAGAUAUUACUCAUCUCAAAAUUUCAUCUCAAUAUUUGUGUUCAUCAGGGCCAUUAGACAGGUGACUACCCACCUUUCUCCUCUGUAAACACAGGCGACCCAAGCUCAAUUUAGUAAACAAUAGGCAAACAACAACAACAACAUAAGCUUUAUUUGCAUGACUAUAAUUAUGUAGUUACAGUAUUGCAAAAGCUUUAAUAUAAAAAAAACAAACAAACAAACAAACAAAUCAUAACAAGGAUAAUGCAAUGAUGACUGUAGUCAAUCAAGUGUCAUCAGCAUGACUUGAUAACAAAUUAUUACGUAAAUCAUUACAUAAUGAGACAAAUUAGGCGAUUAUAGAAAUAUCGUGUGGUGUUGUGUAACAAGGUCGUUCAACGGAAGGAUUAGCCGUAUUUAUACUAGAGGACGUCUAAGACGUCUUAGACGUGCCCUACUCUUUACGAAGAGUGUGUGGGUUCUCAGUUAACUUCCCACAGAUUUUUUAUUACAUGUGCAAGGGCUUGUGAGACGGGGGCCUAACGGUUUAUCGUCCUUAUCCGAGAAGACUAGAAAGUCAAACCAUGUUGAUCCGGCCGGAGUUUGAACCUACGGCCUCCCGCUCAGCAGACAGGCGCUUAUCCCAUUGAGCUAGCCGGAACAGUUUCGAUCCACGGUAAAUCGUCGAGAUCCGCAGAAAUGGGGCUAAAAUGCAAAUAAAAGACGAGGAAUGCAACAUGGAAAGACGUCAAGUUAACUUUUAAACAAAAAUUAUAGUUAUUUUUUUUAAUUAAAUCAGUCGCGAUCCCAUAAAAACCUUUGUAAUCUUUGAACCGAUUGUUGUAACACAACAACUCACAUAUGUUUGAUGUGAAGUAUAAAUGAAAUAAUUCAUAAUAAUUCAUGAAUUAUUUCAUUUAUACUUCACAUCAUUUCACUCCUCAUGGGAGAUAUGAACUCAAUAAAUUGACCUCGCUCCCAAUGUGUGGCUUCAUAGCUCAGUUGGUAGAGCAACGCACCGGUAACGCGGAGGUCACGGGUCCGAAUCCCGUUGAAGCCCUGAUUUUUUUCAGGCUUCUUCUUUCCAAUUGCUUAAAUUGGAAAAUUUACUGCGAUGAUCAUUCUUCACUUUCACAUAUGUUUGCUCGCCCAUACAAUCCUUCCGUUGAACGACCUUUAUAAAUUGAGCUUGGGCCGCCUGUGCUAUAUACUGAUUAUAAUCACGUGUCUUAUCGAAGUGUCAUAUAUUCCUGUGACUCCACAAAUAGCACCGUGCAAGGAAUGCCCAUCACCUAGCAAAAGCAACGAUGAUCUAAUCUGGAGACCCAUUCCCAUAAUAGGACCAAAGCUUAGAUGAAACUUUAUAAGAUUUUAUCAAGAGUAACUUAAAAGUUACCCUGCACUUAAAACUUAGGUCUCUUUCCAUUAAAAUUAACUUUUCUUAUGUGAGAAACUCCUUUCGGUUAAAGUUGAACUUGGAUUGCUCAACUCGCUAUUACAUUACCAUGCGAACAGCCUGAGCUCUGAGUACUUUGUAAAGAGUGCACUGUAGUGAGCCUUGAAACUGUUCUUAGUGUUUCCCUUGCCAAGUGAAUCGCCUACUCUAUAUAAUGCCGACUCCCAAAGGGUAUUUAGUCUUUAUAUCUUGUAGUUAGGAGACCACCUUAAAGGGGCUAUGUAUUUUCUAUCUUUCUAAAAAGCUAAAACUUGUCUUGGCAUCAUUCGAACUCCCAAAAAUGACCUAGUCUUAGCAUUUAAGACUAUAUUUAGGCAUUGAAGCUGUACCACUCACUAAUAGUGGGUCGACUACUAUUGUAACACUAACUACUAAUGUAAUAAAUAUCAACCACUAAUGUAAUACAUAUAUCUUAUGGGAGUUUAGUGUGUAGUGUCGUGGGAUAUUUUUACGAGUCACGCCGUAUUUUGGCGAGCCCGUAGGGCGAGUCAAAAUACAAGAUACGAGUAAAAAUGUCCCACGAUACUACACACUAAACCAACUGGUUAGAGAUUUAUUAUUCAACUCGAAAUGUUUUAAAAUAUAACUCAGUAGACUCAGUAAAUACAUAAAACGAGAACGCGUGACUGAUUAACGCGACUCCUUUCUAAGUCCAGUUCUAGCGCGCUUUAGGCAACGUUGUUAUUGAUUGGUCUAAAAUGAAAACUUGUUAAACGAGUUUUAAUUCUCAGCAAAGCAAAUUUUGGCGAAUUUCUUGGGUUUUCUUCGGCGCCUCGGAGAACGUUUCAAAUAUUUGCUAGGAAAACAGAGAUGGAAUGACAAAUAAUUGUGAGGCUAAUAGGAAGGUCUUCCGGUUCUUAUGUAAAACCGACUGCAAGAGGGUAAACUGAGCAGAGCAAAUGGCGAUGCAAAGACCAAACAUCUCCCGCGAAAUUGAAGGAGCUACUCGUAAAAAACGUAACGGACUUGAAACCUCAUCUUGGCCUGGAUUAGUACUAACGUUAAGUCUUUAGAAGACGUCUAAAGUCUUCCCUAUCGAGUUUCCUCACAUUUGAAAAGGGCUAGAAGUGGAGACUGUUACGCUCCUCGGGGGACAUUGAAUAAAUCAACGUUGUUUGUGUCACGGAUUGUCGCCGUCACCUUGCAUCUAAUGCACACGUUCAGGUCUGUUUUGACCUUCUCUGUUGUAGAAUUUUGAAGUUAUAAUGUUUGUAUGUUCUGACUGUUUUUAAUUAAUGUCGAAAUUUCAUUGUUGAGGCAACUUUAUUCUGAAAACACGGUUUCUGAUUCAACCUUUAUACAAUUUCGGGAAACGAUGCAUUAUCUGCCUUGGGCGACGUUUGUAGAAAACGAGUCAAACCGGUCUUCUGGAGUACAAAUACCGUGAGAUAUUUGUACUCGUUUUGGGUGUUAUUUGUACUCUGCUGAGUGAAGUUGAAUAAUAAUAACCAUUACUGUACUAAAUAUCAACCACAAAUGUAACAAAAAGUUAACCACCAAUGUAAUAAUUUUUUAACCUUUAAUGUAACCGCCGCGCAGUUAGCUCAGUUGGAAAAGCACCGGUCUGCUGAGCGGGGAGGUCGUGACUUCAAACCCCGGCCGUCCAGGGCCGCACCAUCAACCAAGGUCUUUAAAAAACUGUUGAGAUCAUUCUAGCUGUGAAUGCCCUUUCUCAGUUCAGAUGAUCGCGUCAUUGGGCGGUGACGUUAAGCCGUUGGCCUUGUCUCCUUCAUCCUUGUACUUCAGUUGGAAGGGGACGUAAAAGAACCUGUAAAAUUGCUCGAAAAGAGUAGGGGACGUAGGCGCCGAUGUCAUGGUGUCUCUGACUUGUACCGUCAUCGGUCUGGGGGGACGAGGUGUGAUCAAAACAAGGACUGAAGUGGCUGCAAGAGUGCACCUUUACACGCUGACGUCCGAUCUCACCUCUCUGUUUCCUCCGCAAUUCAGCCAUUGGCUGCAAGUGAAGAAAGCUAGCACCGUUUAUUUUUUUAUUUUUUUAAAAAAAGAACUUAAACACUAAUGCAGUAACAUUGCGACCAUUAAAGUAACAAACUCAAAAACACUUGGUGGGAUUUGAUUUGCAAUAUAUACGCACACUAACAUAUGAACCUCUACAGUGAUACAAAGUAUUAGGCAACGGACGCGUGACCAACGCUGGGCGUUGAAACGGCAAUGCCUGGCAUCAAAGCAGGAGGUCGCAUCAGAUUUUUUUAUAAAUCCUAAUAAUUCUACAUAACCAAUCAGCUGUUCUCUUUGAGUUUCUUACAUUAAUGGUCACAAUGUUAUUACAUUAGUGGUUAAGUUUUUUAUUACAUCAUAGGUUAAAAAAUUAAUACAUUGGUGGUUAACUUUUUGUUACAUUAGUGGUCGAUAUUUGUUACAAUAGUAGUUAGCGUUACAAUAGUGGUCGAUUAUUACCCCGGGGGAGGGGGACUUCCCAUAUGAAAGGGGUGGGGAUACUUGUCGUCUCGCUUAGGGGUAUAAAUUUCGGUCUCACUUAGGGUGAUCUGGGCAAAACGCCAUCAUAUUUAGCCGUGAAGGUCUCGUUUACGGUUGCACGCGAAAAAAUAUAAAAUAUAUAUAUAUUGUCUGUGUUUUAACAUGGUCUCUUUUACGGGUCAAAAAAAGCUUGGGCCACGCCCAGAUCGGUCUCCUUUAGGGGUUUAAUUAAAAAUUUCCGACGAGCAUCCCCUCCCUUAUCAUAUGCGGAGUCUCUCCCCCCCCCGGGAUUAUUACAUUAGUGGGUGAUACAACUGUUUCAUGUCGUCUGUUGUAACGGAUGAUAAGGAUGGACAUGGAUUGAAACUUGACUAGGGAAAGUUGGCCAACCUUUUCAACUUUCAAAAUCACCUUAAAAGUCUUAUGAUUAGUGCUCCCUGAAGCGUUUUGUUUAAAUACUGUCUUAAUUAUCUCUAACGGAGCAAUGGUGUAUGAUUAAACGCAGUAAGUAAUGACUUCAACACAGAAUUGACCUAAAACAGAAAAAUCCCUGUUAAAUCUAACGUUUAACAAGGAAAUAACAGGUGCAUCAUUUAAAGGUAGCGCUGGAAGAUUUUCCUUAACUCCCCGCUUUUUUCACUGUGUCUAUCGAACCAAAUCCUUGAAUAUUUAGAGUUGUAACUAGAACUGACUUCAUGCUUUUUUUAUUUGUGUAAUGAAUAAUAAAGAUUGGACACCAUGUGAUACAAACCCGUGUCAGAAUGGCGGAACCUGUAUUCCAAACGUUGAUGACUACAGCUGUCAGUGUUUGGAUGAUUCUGUUGGUAAAAACUGUGAACCUCGCAGUACCACAACAAUUCCAGCCACAAGUAUGUUAAUCUUUUUCAUGUUUCCAUAUAGAGCGAUUUUACUUGACCCAUAAAACAGUUAAUAACAACUAGUGCAAAUAGCUGCAAAUGAACAAAAGAAGACAAUAGAAUUCUAAUAGUCCGUAGUAUUCUACUACCUAUUCACGGGUUUAGUAAAUUCACUCUAUACCUUUUAGUAGUCCAGGCAUUCUUUUUUAUACUCUGAAGAAAUUAAAAAAGCACCAUGACUGUUCACUGUCUACAGAACAAGGGUAUACGGAUGGCAAUGCGGUCUCUACCGCAAUUAUAGUAUCAAUCAGAGAGAGUCUAAAACAAACUAGUAUUUCAUAUUUUUACCUCUUUUUUCGCAAAACCCUAGUAUCGGCAGGUUGGAAAAUCUUUACGUUUCCAACCCCUCUUGUAUAAACACCCGCUAGAUGCAAAUUGUUACGUGAUUGCAGGAAUAAAACGGGUCCCAACACAUUUCCUUGGGGAAGACCAGACAAAACGGAGACCCAAGAUCAAUAACGUCCACGGAAAAUAACUCGCUGAUAUAUUAUCCUCGUCAACACAGGAACGAGGUUCUUAAUAACAACAAUAAGAAGGACCGCCAUUUCAACUCAGUAGACUAGUUUGAGCGACAGAAAGGUUUUGAGGUUUUUUUUUGUCGUUCUGGGCUACCUUUAAAAGACCUUGACUAUUUUGUCCAUCACGGAAAAAAAUAGAAAGAAUAUAAUACAGAAAUAAAUGCGACGAAAAAACAUCAUCUCAUGUUAACUAAAUAUGCUUUUGUCAGGUAGUAACGUUAAAAUCACAUCAGUCAGCAAUAGCGUUGUAACUUCACAACGUACGAAAGGUAAGACGUUGCUUUCUUUGCAUUCACCAUGUCAAUUUCUCCAAAACCUAUCUCAAAAGUCCCGAAAACAUUUCGGGUCCGAAAAGUUACAAAAUGGGUAGUUAAUUCACCAACAAAUUUAAAGAUUUAUUAAUAGGUUUUUCUCGAUUCUUUACUUUUGUUGACUUAAAAAUACAACUAUUAAUUAUCGACAAGACAUGUCUGUCGGAUAAGCAAACUUAAUUCUGACCUGCUCUUUGGGAGAGUUGAAUAAGGGCCUGGAAAUAAUAUCUUCAGAUCUGGCAUAUUCAGGGGGGCAUAUUAAACAUCCCAUCAGUUACGUCCUUUACAAUCAAUUUCCUAUUUUGUCGUACCACACUUACCGCGAUCUCCUGCACAAUCUACGUCAGUGCUCCUAAGGAUAGAAACGGAAUCGUAAAGACGCCAUCCGAGAGGGGCUACAAGUAAGAAAGUAAUUUAAUAAAAAGUUUUUGAAGUUGAACAAAUAGCUUGUAGGUACAUGAGCAUCUCCGAAGCGAGCCUUAAGUGACAGGUAUAGCUGCAGGUAUUAGACCUAAUGAUCAGCUUACAAACUCAAUAAGAGACGCAUUAUUUAUCGAAAUAAUUUUUUUUCAGCUCUUUCUGAGAAGAAGUAUGUAAUCGAAACCUCUUCGAUCCUGAAAGUGACUUCAUAUCCUAGCACAUUGGUCUCCAUGGCGAUAACUUCAUCUCCGAGAACAGAGCCAACGGUUACGGUGACACCUUCUUACAAGGAGCCAGGAAUGACACCUGUCCCUACUUCUGUCCCCAGGCCCCUUACGGAGGGUGAAAAAGACGCCAAUAAACAAAGCAAACCAAAAGGUGAUUAUUAUGGUCUUUAAAUACUUCUUUUAGGGGGUGUGCGGUUCCGGAGUAGGGGUGGGGGCCCCUUCAGCAGUCAAGCAUUUUGAAAUCUUUCCGGCAAAAAGAACAUGACUCGAGCAAUAUUACUUGGGGUAAACCAGGAGGCUCCUGAUAAAACUCAAAAGGGCACGAACCCAAAAAAAGAGCAAUAAACAAUGACUGUCGUUCCCAAUUUGAAUGCUCACAUGCCAAAUCAAGGAAUGUGGUGUGGAUCAACUCUUGAUCCCAUCGGUUAAUGAAAGAUGUUGAAAAACGUUCCCGUGGCGUCCAUACUGAGUUAGAAUCAUUGAGAACUCUUGAUAUACACCAUUUACACCGACUAAACAUAUCCAAUCAAACCGGGUUUUAAUGAAAAACAGACACGAAACACUGGAAUAUAGGUUUUUACUUUAAAUGAAAUUCAACAUGUCUUGCAAUUUGCACUAAACUGCAAUCAACUCACACGUAAGUCAGUGACCAGUUUUUAUGAAGAAAGCAAUUUUAAACCGUGUUUAACUAAACGUUUACAGUGCGACAGGGAAAAACGAGAACAUCUGAAAUAUGCCAGGAAUAUACGUUAUUUCUACCCAAUCACGGGUCCGAAAUGCACUCGCCAAACCGCAGAGCGUUCACUGUUGUUUGCAAGGCAAGAACUGUGUCGGCUUUCCAUUUUCCUGGUAAUUUAUUUACAGUCGACUUUCGAUAACUCGAGCCUUCAAUGAAAAUCGAAAAAAGUUCGAGUUAUUGGGAGCUGGAAGAAAAUGGCCGGGAGUACUGCACAGUAAACAUUUUAAUCACAUUUAAUUGUAGAAAUGUCAAAUCGAACCAAAAUCGAUUUCCCCUGGAUUUCCGUCAUACAUUUACUGUAAGUUUACCCUCGGUAACUUGAAUCCUCGAUAACUCGAACCUCCCGUUAACUCGAAGUGGUUUUUGUUUUCCCUCCGAUCAUUUCUAUAUAAUUUUACCCUUGAUAACUCGAACCAUGUUUUGAGUCCUUAAAACUUUAGAAAGUCGGUUAAAAAAAGCAGUCUACUGGCGUCCGAAACGUUGAGUUUUGAAUUUUUCAUUGACGUGUUGCCAUAGUUUACUAGUGGAGGCUGACGUUGUUUGUCACAAAUCUAACGUGAAACACGCUCUACUUCUAAAAACAGUAAAACGCAUGCUCUAUUUAGGCUAUGUAUUGUUAAGUUACGUUCUGAUUAAUAAUCUAGAAGUAUCUUUUAAUUUUUCUUAAUGAAUGAUCUACACAGGCCAUAGCCCGCACAGCUCGCGGAGAUAACAAUAACGUAACAACACUCACCUCUUUUUCCCAUUAUCGAUUUAAAAAUUUAAAAGUUUUCUCCUAAAUUUACGUUACAAAACGCAUGGUAAACGCUUAACCUUGUACUGUUGAGUUAUGGAUGCACUCAGGAGACGUCUUGGAAGGAUUACUAAGCUCACAAUAACUCGAGGUAUAGUUUAUUGACGUCAUCAGAGUGCUCAAUAGGAAACAUUCUGGAGCUCGCCGAGGGAUUAUGAUCACCAUGAAUAAGCCAAGGUGAACGCGAUAAAGAGGUGGCUCUCACACAGAUUAGACUUUUUUUAUUGUUUGGAGCUUAUAAGAACGCAAAAAAAAUCACAUUUGUUUGAGAUUUGUUUUCCGUUGCGACCGUUUUGAAUUUUGUGGUUCAAUAUUUAUCGAAAGCUAUACCCGUUUAGGUUUAUCUCUUUCUACUUUUUGUCUUCACAGGUUUUAAAGUUAUCAAUGUUCUCAUUCCAUUGCUGGUUAUUUUGCUCCUGUUUCUCCUGAUUAUUGUCUUAGUCAUUUGGUUUAAGAAGUAAGUUUUUCAACUCAUGAUUCCACCUCUUCCCACGGUUAUAGUACUUGAAGUGGUAGCAGAAGAAAUAGCAGUGUCUUUACCCUGGGGUCUCAUUCUCUAUUGUUCUGGACACAAAAAUAUGAACACAUUUGUGAAUUGCACGAUUGGUAAAAUUGGCCCUAGGUAACCAAAAGACCUAAAAAGUUGUUUCACGUCCACUUUGUUGACAUUCAAAAUCGACCUUUCAAUAGUUUUCCAGGUAAGAUGAUAAAGCCUUCACUUAACCGAAAACAAAAUGCUGUUGUUGGCAUCGAGAUAAACUAACAUCAAAGCCAGAACUUGAGCCAGGACUCCAGUUAAGACUUUUCUAAUUUUUCUAAAAGCAAAAAAAUAAAUAAAUAAAGAAUAAUAAUAAUAAUAAUAAUAAUAAUAAUAAUAAUAAUAAUAAAUAAACGAAAAAAUAAGACAAAAAGGACCGGUAACGUCCUAACCCUAACCAAAACUCGAGCUAACCUUCCAUGAUUGCCACGAAAACCUUCCUCUUAAUGUUCACGUGACUUGCAGGAGGUGAAAAUGGCGGGAAAGCGAAAAACUGUUGACUCCUGCGUCGAGUCCUGGCUGGAGAUCCUAGCUCGGUAUAUAGAUCCUCUGCAGGAUGCUCCCUUCUUUUCUUUAAAUUCAAUUUUAUAUCUCUUGGGAUAUUUGGCAUCGGGCCAGAAAGCUACCUUGAUUAGUGAUAAACAGGCCCCUCAGUGACGUAGCAACACCAAUCACAUAUAAAAAACUAGUAGUUCCAAAUCGUUUAAUGAGCAUGUAAACCUGGGGACAAUCAGGAUGUUUACUUCAAAGUUAUUGGUCAGUUUACUCACUUUUUCUUUCUUCUUCCAUGAAGGAGGGCAAAGAAAAAGGAAAAACUACUCGAUGGCAGUAAAAAGUAGGUAAAAUUUCAUAACCAUCAGGAGCCUACCUAAAUGUUAUUCCCUCUGUGAUAUAAAGAUCAGAUAUAUUUCCUUUGUGACUGGGCUCACUGUGCCAAGACCCUUAAGCUUCCGUGUAGGUGAUAACUUUUAAAUGACUUAACCUUUCAAGGGAAGUUUAUCUCAUUUGCAGAGGGAGUAUGACUUAAGAGUGAAAUCUAGGUUAUUCAAACAUAGUAUGGUAAGUAUGGUAAAGCUUACCAUACAGAAUAAGCUUUACAACAGAUAUGUCAAGUUGCGCCACCUAUAGAAACAAAACCUUUUAGAGGCACACGAAACAGGCUCUAAGCAAGGGAGAUUUUGGUCCUUAGCAAAAAGGGUAUCUAAAAAAAAAAAACAGGCAAGAUAGGCUGAUCUUACCCGCUCGAGCCUUUUGCCCGCAGGCAUUUUUAUCGACUUCAUGUUAGCCUGUUGCAGGCGAUUCACAUAUAGUAGAGCGCGGCGGACAGAUGGUGUAGAGCGAGUUAAAUUGUACUCCGGGAAAACGAGGGCGGGGGAACGCUCUCUCCUCUAGGUCUCCCCUGUUUUUUUUUUCUUCGUGAAUUCUUCUCCCGCGCUCUAAUAUCUGAACGGCUAGAACAAGCUAACUUCAUGUUGAAAUGAGAGUAAAGAAUUCAAGAGUCAGAGUAAGAAUUUUGAUUUAAGUGGAUAAGAGUCUCAUUUACUUCUCAAUGAUAUAUUUCCAGGAGUGAAAUAAUCUGGCUGUGAUGUGCCACGAAAAAGCAGCCACGUUUGAUUAUGUAAGUAUUCAGAUAAAUAAGCAAACAAGUUAUUAUAGUUUUGUGGUCAUUUAAACUAGUCAACUUUGCACGAUCAGCAGGAGGCCUCGUACCACAAAUUUCAAUGUCCACUUGUUUAUUAGUUCAGUUGAAUGUUUUCACAAAUGAUAUUAACAAUCUAAGGAAUAAAAAGAAAAAGGAACGAACUUAAUUGGAGUGGCUCACGAUAGUUCAGUGCAACAUUUUAAACACUUUUCAUUUUUGCUCGGGCGUUUCCAUAGGAAAGGCGGAGCAAAAAAAGGUGAACGGUUUUUUGUUAUGGAGGAAGUACAAUUAUGUACGAUGAAAAAAAUAGAAGAAACUUAAAUGUGUAUAACUGUGAUUUAUUAGGUGAAGUUUGUUCAUUUGAAAUUUUUACAUGGAUGCCCGAACUCACUCACUGGACCCUUAUAUUUGUCUGUCUAAUUUAUUUUGAAUCUAGCCGGAUAAUCAGAACCAAAUCCGUUAAGGUUUUUUUUUUAAAUUCCCCAAACCCUUUGUCAUUACUCAGUCGUUUCACCGUUAAAAUUGAUCUGCAAAUCGGUUGCACGAUAAAAUGCUAGUUUUCCUUAGUAAAUCUUACAUGUUGUCUCGUGUAACGGGCUUUUCUUGCAGUCAACAAACAGCGAUUUGACGAUGUUAACAUCGCUGAUGGGAAAAUGUUCGCGAAGCUUGAACUCUAGACCAUUUUAUACAUACAGACCUGUCGGUAGACUUACACACUACAGAUCUAUUUUGUCUAUACUUGUGAGGAAAGCUGAUCUGCACCAUUAAUAUCAUUAAUUUUUUUCUUCUCGUUGCAGUUCUGCGGAAUGAAAGUUCCACGGAUCCAAGGCAAAAUCACGGGACAGGCUUUUCGUAGCCAAACUAACAGCUAGGAAACGCUUUGUGUUUAUUAGGAGGAAAGUAGCUAGUAGACGCUUUGUGUUUAUUAGGAGGAAAUGAGCUGGCAGACGCUUCUUGUUUAUUAGGAGGAAAUUAGCUACCAGACGUUUUGUGUUUAUUAGAAGGAAAUUAGCUAGCAGACGCUGUGUGUUUAUGAGGUGGGGGUAUGAGAGGCAUUUUGCUUGUAUCUUUCAGGUGUGGGGUAUUAAGUCACACAAAAUUUACUUUGUCUACUUUCUUAGUAAACCCUUUUUAUGUAAUAACAAUUCUGGCGACUUUUUUUUCACGAAACAAUGAAACUGAAGAUACCAAUGUACCUUUUUCUUCGAAACCUUGGUUUUAUCUCCCAAUUUUUACAGCCCAUUUUUUAAGUACACAGUUAUAUCGGAUUGCUUACGAAUUUGUCAAUAACCCUGAAGCAUGGUGGCUUUGGCGUUAUAACACACUGAUCCAUGUUUUGACAUGUUACUGAUGUUUAACGAUAUAUUUGGCUGGUAAUUAUUUUUUCAACAAUCAGGUUUUUAAAUAAGGGAAACAGGUUUUUGAAACGAAGAAUUGUUCAAUAAUCUGAACUUAUGAGACCAAACAUUACAGAGAUGAAAACGCUGACUGGACACCUUGGUUUUAUAAAUAGAAAAAACAAUUUGCACAUGAGACUAAAAAUGAAAAGAAAAGCCUCCUCAUGUUGUCAAUGCUUUUUUCCUCUUAUUUAUUAUGAAACCUCCAUUAUUACCUUCAAAUUUAAAUUGAUUAAAAAGUGGUGGAUGGUUCUCUACUGAAACAUCUUUAAUUCAUACAACUGAUGUAUUUCUCAAAGGAAUUGAUGAUGAGAAAUUAACUGCCUGCGUACUUUUAGAUCUGAGUAAAGGCGCCUUGACCAGGGGCUCGUUUCUCGAAGGCCCCGGUAACGUUUCGGGUCCGAAAUCAAAUUUUCAAAUCGAAAUAUAAAGAAUAAGAGCGCGGGUUCUGACUAGCAAACUACUCCUUUCUGUUUCAUUGACUGAUAGUUUUAUCAUGCUAGAUGCAAAAAUACUGAAACUUCUACCUUGCAUGUAAACAACAACAGUUUUGCGGGCCCGUUAAUUAUCGGGACUUUCGAGAAACAGGCCCCAGCGAGUUAAAAUGGUUUAACAGCUACCUCACAAAUAGAUAUCAUGUUGUACGAGUUCAUAGUUCCGUUUCUGAUCCUCUUCCAGUUGAAUGUGGCGUUCCUCGUGGCAGUAUUCUAGGCCCCCUAUUAUUUAGCAUACACGUAAAUGAUCUACCUGAAGUUCCAAGGCAUUGCUCUAGGGAAUGUUAUGUAGACGAUACAAAAUUGUUUGUUUCUUUCAAUUAACACUUCUCCCAACGGAUUGUCCAAAAAAUGAAUGAAGAUCUACUGCAGGUGAGCAACUCGCGCUUCGGAAAUCGGCUACUACUAAAUCCAGACAAGAUAAUUCAGGUUUGCGGGAGCCGACAAAUGACCUCUAAGCGCCAUGAGUGUCAUUUGUCUUUUUUGGGAAAGGACAUCUCCCCAGUGCAGUCAGCGAGAGAUCUCGGCGUAAUUUUGGAUCCGAACUUAACAUUUGAUAACAAUAUAACGACCACAGUGUCGGAAUGUAUCGCACGACGACUAGCGCAAAUUACAAGUAACUGUGUGAAACAUUGCUUAGACAAAAAUACGUUGUUAACCGUAAUACAUGCCUUGCAUGGUUUUGAGCAAAAAUAUACUACUGCUCGCAUCUUUGGAUAAAUAUCACAAAUAAGUAUGUUAGAAAUUGCAUGCUGUUCAAAACUUUGCUUGCCGAAUCGCCAACGGUGUGAAAAAAUAUGAUCCUGCAACACCCCUCUUAAAAAGCCUGUCUUGAUCGUCUGUUAAGGACCACUCUAUCACCAAGCUAUUUUAAAAGGCCUUCAAAUGCAUGACCUGUUAAGCCCCUGAAUAUCUUAUAUCUCAAUUAUUACCCGUGAGCGAGUUAGCAAACGAACAACUCGGAGUAGCCAAAAGCUAAACAUCCCUCUUUUCAAACAGCCUCGGGACAGAGCACUUUUUAUUACAGGACAAUUAAGCUUUGGAACAAUUUAGAGCCUGAUCACAUUUUUAAACGUCUCUUAUAGUUAUUGAAAUGUAAUGAAAUUUAUUAUAUAGACACGAGUGUUUUACUGGAAAAUAUAC